AUGUCUGAACGCGUCGCUACUCGCCGUACCAAGAGCGCGGCUGCCGACGACGAACCUCCCAGUCUCUUGUUGAAGAUCGCGAGUGUACCCCUGAAUCUCUUGCUUGCGGUUCUAUCAAGUGGUUUCUCAGCCCUCCGCCCAUUUGCCCCGAGGCUCAUACCGCUUCUUGUCUGCUCUUUCUUCAUACCGUUGGUCGUCUUUCUGUCCGUAUCUGCCGGGUGGUAUGUCUGGAAAAGCCUAUCUGUUAGUUGGGAAGCUCCUCUCUACCUGCAAUAUGGAGAUGGAAUCUCACCUUAUGCAUUCGCCCAGCUUCCAAGGCUGGCGACCCAGCAAAAAUAUGACAUAUCUGCCGACCUUGUUCUUCCUUACAUUGAAUCGAACACCAUGCUUGGAAACUUCAUGACAAGUUUGACAUUAUCGACGACGACUAACAAAACUCUAGCAUAUGUCCGGCGAGCUGCUAUAGCAUUGCCUGCUCGUUCAAGUUUUAUAUUUCCCAAGCCUAUAACGGCGCGUGUCACGGUACCGUUAUUGCAUUCCUUCAUUUCCAGUACGCCAAACGUCGUCGCACACAUCGAGAUUGGCCGACGCGAUGGUUGGACUACCUUGGGGAACGGUCAAGGUCGUGAAGUGAGCAUUGCGCAAGCCUCUUUACGAGGGUUAGCUGUCCCGCACGGUAUUCGUGGAAUCGCCAUCCGCUUUCCGUUAUUAUCUUCUUUGGCUGCUGCAGGCAUUUUCCUAUUCAUCCUGUCUCUCGUAUUGGGGUCAUGCAUCCUUCCACUUGUGCUACCUUCCAUUGCAGACGAAGAGAACGACGAACUGGAUGAGAAGGAAACUAAGCCUAAGGUGGAGUCUAGGGACUCGAAUGGAGUUUCAGCAUCGCAGGGGGAGCGUGAAGGCCGCAGAAGGCGACGUUCAAGAUCAAACAAAGGUCAAGGCGAGCGAACGAUUAAAACAGAACCGUCUGUACAGGCUAUGCCUUCAGCUGCAGAGUCUUCCUCGCGAGGCCUUCGUCGACGCUCCUCAAAGCCUGCCAUUCUUGCUGAUGACGAAGACGCGUCAUCUUCCUCGUAG